GCCACCUAGGGGUAGUUUAGCGCAUGCGCAAACGUAUAAAAAGUCGAGUUGGUGAGCGAUAGGACAUCAUUCGUAGCGUUGCAUUCAAGCAAGUAACUGCAAAGUAAUUUUGGAAAUACUGAAGCUAAAAAUUCAAGUUAAUUCGGAAAAUUUAAAAAAAAAAAGUAAACAAUGUCUUUGUCUUACGCUACGCUCGUGAAUACUUGCGAUGCCAACAAAUUGGCUAAGCAAACCAUCAACAGCAAGCCGCAGCAAUAUACACCAAGGAAGGCACUCAACAAGGCUUUCAAGUUGUUGCGCCGCGUUUUCAAGCCAUCCACAUCGGUUAAGGUAAUCAACAAAGCAGAGCAGCAAAUCACAGCGCAGAAGUCGUUGAAAGUAGCUGAGAAGCAGAAGCGCCGCGAAGCUGACGCCGCCGUUCUAAGCGAAGUAAAUGCACUCUGCUCUUGCUCAGCAAUCAGCGCUGAAGAGUAUGAGAAUUUCCUCAACGAGUUGGCUGAGUUGCAGGCUGCAGCAAGCAAUGCGAUCGCUGCUGAGUAAUGGUGCCGGAUUUUGCUGUUUAUCGCUUUACUGAUUAUUCCCGAAUGCUACGCGCAUUCUACUGGCAAGCCGCUAGUGCCUUCAAGGACCUGGUUCGUCCUUAAACCGCACCGCUUACAUUGUAACGAGAAACGCUUUAUAUUGUCGCAGCUUUAAUAGUUUAUAUGUAUAUAGCUUAGCGUAUGUACGCGUGUGAUGCAGUCGAACUGCCAACCAUCCCUUCGGCGAUCCAUUUUAGAGCCCUUAAUCGAUCUGUGCGUGUGCUUCUAGACUUUUGGAAACACUGCGUGGACUGGCCUACCAGAAGCAUCGUCGAUAUAUGAAAGCUUUAAUUUUAAGAAAUCAAUUGUCUUCCAUUUAGUUUUUAAGUAAUAGAAAUUGUGUAAAUUUUUAUUUUUAAUAUA